UAUAUAUAUAUAUAUACAGACGUUAUUAAUGUAAACUCUGUCCAACUUCUCUGACCGUCUCACUUGGGCGAUGGAUUCGACUGCGGAGAUGUCGCCGACGACCGUGGUGGCGACGUCAAUGGCGGGGAGGGGACCCCGACUGGGAAUGCUCAACGCGGCGGUGGCCAAGUCGUGGGUGGGCCGGCGGUUCAAGUUGGCGGAGCGUGGCACGACCUUCACCACCGAGCUGCGCGCUGGCACCGCCACCUUCCUCACCAUGGCGUACAUCCUCGCCGUGAACGCCUCCAUCCUCUCGGACUCCGGCGCCACCUGCUCCGUGCAUGACUGCCUCAGCCCAUCCCCCUCCUGCAGCUUCCCGCCGGUGGACCCGGGCUACGCCGCCUGCGUCGACCGCGCUCGCCGUGACCUCAUCGUCGCUACUGCUGCCGCCUCCAUCAUUGGCUCGUUCAUAAUGGGCGCCUUCGCCAACCUGCCGCUGGCGCUGGCGCCGGGCAUGGGCACCAACGCCUACUUCGCCUACACCGUGGUCGGCUUCCACGGCUCCGGCAACCUCCCCUACCGCACCGCCCUCGCCGCCGUCUUCCUCGAGGGCCUCCUCUUCCUGCUCAUAUCCGCCCUCGGCCUCCGCGCCCGCCUAGCCAAACUCGUGCCCCGCCCCGUCCGAAUCUCUUCCUCUGCUGGCAUCGGUCUCUUCCUCGCCUUCAUCGGCCUCCAGAACAACGAGGGCGUGGGUCUCGUCGGCUACAGCUCCUCCACCCUCGUCACCGUCGCCGCCUGCCCCAGCAAGUACCGCGCCUACCUCGCCCCCGUCCAGACCUUCGAUAACGGCACCGUGGGCCUGAUCCCCGGCGGCACCGUCUCCGGCGACGUCCUCUGCCUGCGCGGCCGCAUGGAGUCCCCCACCUUCUGGCUCGCCGUCGUGGGAUUCCUCAUCAUGGCCUUCUGCCUCAUCAAGAACAUCAAGGGCGCCAUGAUCUACGGCAUCGUAUUCGUCACCGCCGUCUCCUGGUUCCGCCACACCUCCAUCACCGCCUUCCCAGACACCCCCAGCGGGGAAGACGCCUACCGCUACUUCAAGAAGGUGGUGGACGUCCACCACAUCAAGUCCACGGCGGGAGCGCUCAGCUUCAAGGGCAUCGGCACCGGCCGCUUCUGGGAGGCGCUCGUCACCUUCCUCUACGUGGACGUGCUCGACACCACGGGCACGCUCUACUCCAUGGCACGCUUCGCGGGCUACGUGGACGCCAACGGGGACUUCGAGGGGCAGUACUUCGCCUUCAUGUCGGACGCGGCCGCCAUCGUGGUGGGCGCGCUGCUGGGCACGUCGCCGGUCACAGCCUUCAUCGAGUCGUCGACGGGGAUCAAGGAGGGGGGCAGAACAGGGAUGACAGCGCUCACGGUGGCGGGCUACUUCCUGCUCGCCUUCUUCUUCACGCCGUUGCUGGCGUCGAUACCAGCGUGGGCGGUCGGGCCGCCGCUGGUGCUGGUUGGGGUACUGAUGAUGAAGGCCGUAGUGGAGAUCGAGUGGGAAGACAUGAAGGAAGCCAUCCCGGCCUUCAUGACCAUGCUCCUCAUGCCCCUCACCUACUCCAUCGCCUACGGCCUCAUCGGCGGCAUCGGCACCUACGUCGUCCUCCACGCCUGCGACUGGGCCUACGCCGCAUGGGCUCGCCACAGCCCCGCCAACAAGAGCUUACCGCUCGUCAGCAACCGCUGCAGUGGCAACGGUGACGAUGCAUGACAAGCUCUAUGAUUACUAUCACCAUUAUUAUUCAUCGAAAGGAAUCAUCAAUGUGCCAAGAAUGUACAUUUGGAUUUUUCUU